CGGAAGAGGGGUGUUUGUACUCUAGCUAGCUUCACACCAGUCCGCGUGUUGAUACUGAAGAGGAGAUCGAGGAGAAACAAGAGUUUUUUCGCAUCGCAGAAGACCCAAAACUCAGGACAAAACCCAGAGGAAAAUGGACAUGAAGAAGAGGGUCUCCUUAGAACUGAGGCACCGGUCACCGACGGAGGUCCAGGAGCUGGUUCUGGAUAAUUGUCGCACCGCUGACGGCAAGAUCGAAGGAAUCACCGCAGAGUUCUCCAACCUGGAGCUGCUCAGCCUCAUCAACGUCGGUCUGACCAGCGUCGCAGACUUCCCCAAACUGGACAAACUCAAAAAGUUGGAGUUGAGUGAUAACAGGAUAUCAGGCGGUCUGGAGGUCCUGGCGGAGCGGCUGGUGAAUCUAACGCACCUCAACCUCAGCGGGAACAAGUUCAAAGACAUCAGCACCCUGGAGCCUCUGAAAAAGCUUCCCCAGCUGAAGAGUCUCGACUUGUUUAACUGUGAGGUGACAAACCUGGGCGACUACAGGGAGUCCAUCUUUAAGCUCCUACCGCAGCUCACCUACCUGGACGGCUACGACAUCGACGACUGCGAGGCCUCCGACUCUGACGGCGAGGGCGAUGGAGUCGAGGAUGAGGAAGAAGAAGAGGGAGAGUCGGAGGACUUCGAGGACGAGGAAGAGGAAGAUGAGGAGGACGUCGUGGCUGAGGAAGAUGAUGACGAUGAUGACAGCAAUGACGAUGAGGACGGAGAGGUGAACGGAGACGUGGACAGCGAGGACGAUGAUGACGACGAGGAAGAUGAGGAUGAUGAUGACGAGGACUCGUCACCGACCAAAGGAGAGAAGAGGAAGAGGGAUCCUGAAGACGACGAUGAAGAUGACGAUUGAAGACCCUCAGAGACCCUGAAACAAAAAAAACCCUUUGACCUCUUGCCCGGUGCCCACCCUCCCCCCCUCCAUGACCUCUCCCAUCCCCCCCAACCAAAGCUCGCCCGCCUUCCUCUGACUCCUCCCCCCUUUAUCAGACGCCUGCUGGGCUGCGUUCCAUUUCUGAGAUUUGUCUCCUUCCACUGCGUCCUCAUCAGCUCCUCUCCAGACACACAACACCCCUCCUGACGAUAUCCCAUUAGUUCAUUAAAACAAUUCUCAUUCUUCUCUUACUCUAACAUUCAAAAGCAUCAAAAUACCCAAAACAUGAAGUGACACUUCGUCCCCUCUGGUUGACUAAUAUCUAAAAACACUGUGAAACAUCUUAAUGUCCCCUUUUAGUUACAGUUACCUAAAAGAGAACCUCCCGUUCAUCUUUAUUUCCUGAAUCUGUUUUUGUAGAGCGGCAACAACCUCUGUCUGACGCUUCGGCACAGCAGGGGUUCAUGGGAGGUAACGGCACCACAAUAAACCGAACCCAUGACUUGUUCUUAAACCACCUCCCCUCACGUCCCGACCAGCAGCUAUGAAGUCAUCGCCGUGAUAACAAACAUCCCCCAAAAAUAUCCCUCCACCCACCAACCCCUAAACUUCCCCCGGGGCCGAGCACGCUCAGGGCAAACUGUGUUCUCUCUCUUUUUUGCCAACAGAGCUUUUUAAAAGAAAUAUUUUUUCAGAAGAUUUUUUUUUGUUUAAUUUUGUAUGGUUGUCUGGGGUCUCUCUUUCUCUCUCUCUCUCUCUUCUCUCUCCCCAUCUCUCUCUCUUUCUCUCUCUCCGUGCUCAGAGAGAUCCAGUUGAUCCGUCACUCUUACACUGACUAGUCGAGGUUGUUUUCUUGUACUUAUUUUUUUUUUACUUUUCUGUAAGUUAAAGUAAAAAAACAAACAAAAAACACACAAAAAGGACUUUGUAAAUAAAAUCUUAACAUUUU